ACAGCCUGAGAGGCUGUGUGUGAGGAGGAGAAGCCUGUGCGGAUGAGCUGGUGAGGAAGUCUGGUGCUUGUGAACAGAGAAAGAAGGACAGGUUGCUGCUGUUGAGAAGGAGAUUUGGGGGUGCUGUGUUGGGAGGUAGAAGAAGAGGAUUGGUGGCUGUUGUUCUGAAGGUGUUUGUUGCUGCUCUGUGAGUAAAGUUGGAGGUCUUUGCUACUGAUUUGGGGAGGAAGAUGGACACAGGGAAAGAGGCAGAGAGGAAAGCAGCAGCAUGUGAGCAUGAGAGUGGUGGUAAUUGUGGAGAUGAUUCACUAAUGACUAAAGCUGAGUUAAGAAAUGAGAUGAAGUCCAUGAUUCAGGGACUUUUGGAGAUGAAUUUGAUUGGUCCUAGGGAGAUGUUUGCGGUGGAGGUUGCAUCAGGCGUUGCGGGGGCUGUUGACGCAAACGUGAUAGAGCAUUUGGUGGAGAUGUAUAAGGAGGCGAUUCGGACGGUGUCCAACGGGAAGGCGGAGUUAGAGAAGAGCCUGCAGAAGUUUAGGAUGGCAGCUGAGGUAUAUCGGUUGGAAAUGGAGGCCAGGGUGAGAGCAAAGAUGGAGGAAUUGUGGGCGUUGAAUGCGAAGAAAGCGGACUUGGAAUUGAAGGUGCGGUUCUUAGAGGCGGAGCUGAUUGCUGCCCUGCCUAAGAUGGGGGAAUUGGAGGACCUGAAGAGGGAAAAGGCUCCUUUUUUCACUUCAAUAGGGGAGCAAGCCAAGCAGUGGGAACAAUGGCAGAAAAUGGAAGGGUUGGAAAACUUCAAAACUACUUCAAAUGGUCCUGUGAUUGCCACUACCAGUCACUUUGGUAACUUUGCCAACUAUGCCCACUUGGGCAAAGGAGAAGAGGACGGGGAGAGUGAUUGGGACUGGAGUUAGGCGUGAUGGGUUGUGGUUCAUCAACCAUGUGGAGUCAGCAUUGGCAGCAGCUGCUGGGGCAAAGGAGAGGGAGAUCUUCUUGCUUCAUUGUCGGCGGCUUUCUGCUGUGUUUCCUGGAAGGGCCCUGUAGCAAAUUUCUUGGAAGAGAUUAACUAGAGCUGUUCAUCAGCACAAGAGACCCAGGUAGGCAGGUACCUUGCAUUUGUACUAAAAGAGCCAACUGUCCAGAUGCCAGAAUUCAGACAGCUAAACAAGGUAAGAAUGUCACUCUUGUCUCCGCAUAUCUGCAUCUACCCCUGGCUUUUCUGCUCAGUUCUUUUUUUGGCACUCCAAUUCUGUACAGUCCUGAAUAGUUCUGAAGGAUUGCAAUGAUUACCCUUGUUAUUUGGAAACAAGUAUGGAUUGAUUUAUCAUAUGUUAUGUCAUGUACUUGUGUUAGCUUGUGAGCCAAAAAGCUUUGUGGCUUUACUUA